AAAAUAUUAAGUGAAAAUUUUCCUACCUAAAAAACGAACACGUCAGUUUUUUUAUGACAUUCGUGCACAAACAAACGGGGAAACAAUUGAUGCUGUCACUCAUGUGGCACCAUUGUUACGUUCAAUAAGCGAAUGCUAAAUGAAUUAAACAUCAUAAUCAAACACUGCAAAAGUGACUGUUACGGAAAAUAUUCAUUGUAGUUUAAUAAAGCGCUCCAACACAAGAUUUGUUGGUUAAUUGUAUUUCGCAAACGCGUAGUUUGGUUAGCGUAAAUCGAAUAUGUCCUCCGAAACGAACGAACCGACAGCCGAUAUAAACAAUUUGCAAGAAACUUUUCUUCAGCAGCAAGAAAAGAUUUCAGCCUUAAAAGAAAUGGUACGUAAAUCAGAAGUUGCCCACGGCUCGACAAAGUGUGCGACACAGGAAAAAGUUAAACAUAUAGCAGAUCGUUUAAAAAAGUCUAAAGCACGUUCUCGACAAGGAGUAAAUGUAGCAACUUAUUCAACAUCCGAAACUACACCGUCAAGUAUUUUUGUGAACUCGCAAGAUCAUAUGACUGCAGGUUCUCAGGUGCAUUUAUCUGUAUCUUCACCAACUCCCAUCCAUUCUUCAACGCCAAAUCCUACACCUUCAAGAGUACAGCCAGCUAAACAAAUGUCUGUCGACUCGUCCGGUCAUUCAGUUUUUAAUAUGCCGGGAAAUGAGAAAAUUUUACUUAUGCGUCAACAAUUGGAACAGAAUAAGUUACGUAUGGCUAAGAAGGCCUCAAGCAAGCAACAUCUGGAGCUAAUGGUAACACAAUUGAAAGAAAAAUUUGAUUCAACCCAGCAGUGCUUGGAAAACACAUUCGAAUUGGGCAAAUCCAUGAAUGAUUUAAGUUCCUUAUUAUCAUUAUCUGCACCAAAGGAACGGCACAAAUCCGCCACAGAUUUAUCUAAUCAAUGUUUCAGUUUAGAAAGGGAACGCAUCAAAUUUUUAGAAAAUAGGUGUCGACUAUUAGAGAAGCAAUUGGAAAAAGAGAAACAAAAUUAUCAAAACACUGAUUCGCUCAGCGUUAUUAGUCAUGAAAUGGAAAUUAAAAUUAGCGAACUAGAGCAAAGUUUAGUCGAAAAACAAAAUGAGAAUUUCCGAUUAAAACAAGAAAUUGAUACUAAAGAAGAAGCACUUUCCCUAGCACCGUCUGACAGCUCAGGAUAUACUGAAUUGAUUAAAGAAAAUGAAAGUCUGAAAAAGAAAAUAUUGGAAAUGCAAAAUGAAUUAGAUAAUGUCUCUCAACAAAUGUUACGGUCAAACGAUAAUUUAAAUGAACUCUACUCUUUCGAUUUGGGCGCGGAAAAUCAGCGUUUACGACAAGAAAUAUGUCAGCAACUCAAACGUAUUGAAGAACAGAAUGAAGUAAAUGAUUUAUUAGAAACAGCACGGCGGGACUUAACUUCUAAAGUUAUUGAGUUGGAAGAGCAAGUGAGCAAACAACGAAUUGAGCUCGCCGAAGCUCAUGAGAGCUUGCAUUGUUAUGGAAGGGAAUCAGAGGGAACUGAAAAUAAUUUUCUGAAAAAUUGUCGACCGUCAGACACGGACACACAGAUUAGUGAUGAAAUGGCCAAGCAAAUCCAAGAGCUGACAGACGAACGGAAUGAAAUUCUUAAGGAAAAUUCUCAACUUAAAGAUACAUUUAAUAAAAGUGUUCAACUGCAAGUUAGCGAUAAUUCGAUAGCCGACAAAAUAGCAUCAUUAGAAUCCACAAUUGAAAAACAAAAUGAAGAAUUACUGAAUACAUUGCAAACCCUUAAAAAGAAUGAAGAAGAAUUAAUGGAGAAAAGAAUUGAAUUAAAUGUUUUGAACGCUAAUUUUAAUGUAUUGGAGGAGAAACUUGAAAACGUAAGCAAAACUAAACACCUUUUUUCAACUGUUAGCUGCCAGGAAAUUGACAAAACCGAACUGCAGAUGGAAAUUCAAGAGCUAAAACAGAAACUAGAUGAAUCUAACAAAACUAUGAUAAAAUUAAAAUUGAAAUGCAAACAGGGCGAAAAGCUAAUUGAAAAACUGAAAAAAAAUUCAGAUCUGCAUGCGGAAGUAGUGCGCUUACAGGUCGUGAGGGAGGAAUUGCAACAACGCAUAAUUGAACUGGAAGAUGAAAAAGGUCAAUGGCAAUUGCACGAAGUCGAUAAAGAUUCCAAUGAUUCUCGCAAACGUGGUGAACUGAUUGAACAUCUUGAAUUAAAUAUUGCGGAGCUUCAAAAAUCUCUUCAAGAAAAAGAUUGUUUAUUGGAGUCAUUUAAACAAGGCGAUCAGUCCCGCGUCCAGUCAGAACUUUCCGAAAUUCAAUUAGAAGAGCAAAUAAAAUCUUUGUCCGAGCAAUUGAAAUUUACACAAACGAUGCUGGAAAGCAAAAACAAGGAAGUAGAAGAGUGCGAAAGAAAAAUUAUGACCUUAAAUAAACAAAAAGAUGAACUGGAUAAAAAACUUGAACAUUAUUUAAAUGAAAACAUGGAAUUGCUUGACAAGGUAGAAAAACUAAGUAAAUCAUCAUCAUCAGCGGAGUCUAUAGAAAUUGUUGAACGUUUGACACAGCAGGAGCAAGCAGAAAUUGAAGAGUUUAACAAACGCCUGGACUCGGUACAAACUACUGAGGCGCCUUCUAUAAAUCUGGAGAGUAUCAAUGAAUUGACGCAAACUGACAUGAAUCCAGAGUUAAGCGAAAGUUUGGUUAAAUUGAAAGAGGAAAGUUCCGAGCUAAUGAGCAAAAUUGAACUUUUCACAAACGAGCGCAAAGAAGUGUUGGACAAAAUGGAACAUUUGAAUUCGGAGAAUCAUGAACUCCAGGAACGUAUCAAUAAAUUGACAGAAGACAAAAAAGAACUAGAGUGUAAAUUAAGUUUAGCUAAGCAAACCGAAGAGGAAUUGGGUAAUAAAAUGCAAACGCUUACACAAGAGAAAGAGACUUUGGCAGUACAAGUCGCAGAGUCGCAAAAAGCUCAACACUCUCAGGAACUUACGUCAAUGCAACAAUCUUCGGAGGUAGUAGCUGCACUCGACAAUAGUGAAACUCUUUUUGAGAAGUGUGAAAAGUCGCUCGCAAAACUUAACUCUGAGUUAGAGGCUUAUCGCAAAGCUAACGAUAAAAAGUCGAAAUUUAAUGUCUCAAAAAAAUUGGCCAAAGAAGCGGAAAACGCGCACACGCAGCUAAGUGAACUUUUACAAAAAGUGAAAGAAGCUAGUAGUGCCGUAGAAACGGUAACAGUUGUCGAAACGGUAGUCGCCGUAACAGCUCCAAACGGUAAAGCUCUUGCCGAAUACGAACAGUUAACGGCACAAAAUCGUGAACUUAAAUCAACAAUUGUAGAGUUACGAAGGCUAUUGGAUGAGACUCGGGAAUCACAAGAUCGGGACCAAAUGGAUGACAAAACAAUUGAUGAACCUGCAGCAAUUCUGCCGACUAUAAGCGAAGAACAGUUACAGGAAGCGUUAAAUAAUGUCGCAAAAUAUCAAUCCCAAUGCAUCGAAUUGCACGCCAAAGUGGAAGAUCUUACGCGUCAGUUGGAAGAAGCUCGCACUAAUGGCGAGGAAAAAACUGCUGCUAUAACAGAUCUCAAUGAAGAACUCCAAAAGUUGCGUCAAUUAUCAGAGAAUUUCGAUUGUGUAAUAAAUGAGAAGGAGAUGUCUUGCGAAAAGCAUCUCGAACAACUAACACGUGUACGUCGUGAGUUGGAAUGCAAAUGUGAAACUUAUGAAGGAGAAAUGGAAAUUCUUCGAACUUUGGUAAUCGAGCAAAAGCAACAACUUAUUGAGGCAUACAAAGAAAAUGAGCACGCAAUGAACAUAAAGCUCUUAGAGUUGCAGGAACGCGAGCGACACAUUGAAGUUCUAAAAGCUGAAGUUGUCUCACUUAAAGAAAGUUUUUCUGAGGUUGGUUCAAAAUUUAAUCAGAACCUACAAAAAGAUUAUGAACAAUUGCGAGAAACCUUAAAAAUUAAUAAAAAUCUAGUGCAAGACCAAAUUAAUGAGUUGGAUAACAAACAAGAGACCAUUGAUACGCUUAAUCAGCAAAUUAAGGAUCUUUAUAAAGCCAUGGAAGAUAAUAUAAACACGUUGACGCAGAAAGAGGAACAAAUUGCCGAAUUGGAAAAUAAAUACGAGAUAAAUAUGCGUGAUCUUGCUGAGCUCGAAAAGAAAUUUCAACGGCUCGAAUGCAGAAAUCAAGAAUUGGAAAGAUUGAAUAAAGAUCAAAAAGAUGUGCUAAACAGCCAGAAACAAGAGAUGACAAAGCUACUAGCUGAUAAGCAACAAUUGGAAAAUAGGAAUUGCGAGUUAGAGCAACGUAACAGGGACCAACUGGAGAAAUUAAAAAAAUAUGCCGCUAACCUGAAAAAGAAGAUCGCACAAUGUCAAGAAUAUGAAGCCCGACUUAAAGAAUUGGAAACCACUACGAGCACUUCGCUGGAUGUGCAAGAUUUGCAAAAUUUACGAUUGCAUCAAACAGAGUUAGAGCAGAAACUUGGCGAUUUGCAGCAUUUGAUCAGUGAGAAGGAGAACAAUCUGCUGGAGAAAUCCGAAGAGCUGAUAGACUGCAAGAAGAGUAAACAACAAUUGGAGCAGGAAACGAUGCAAUUAAAAGUAAUGCUUGCCGAAAAUGAGACGUAUUUAAAACAAUUACAAAAUGAUUUGACCACAACUCAACAAUUGGCAGCGGAUUGGAGUGAUUCUUCGGAAGUCGAUCAAUUGCGUAAAGAGCUUCGGUCAACUCAAGAAAAUAUGAAAUUGAAAGUCCAAGAAAUAGAAGAACUACACAAGACGGUGGCGUCUAGCAAAAUGUCAACAGAAAAAUUGCAAGCCGAGUUGUUGUCAGUGCAGCAAGACAUUUCCAAUUGGCGCCAAGAACUGUAUAGUACGCAAACGCAAUUGAAACUCAAAACACAGGAACUGGAAUCGCGUGAUAGGGCUAUCGAACAGCUACAGUAUGACUUGAUGGCUAGUCGAGAACAAAAUUCCGAUUGGGGUCUGGCUAGCACUAAUGAACAGCUUCGAGAAGAUAUGCUUUGUGCUCAAGAAAAUCUACGAAUGAAAGUGCAAGAAAUUGAAGAUCUAAGGCAAUCAUUAAUGGCUGCUCAGGAGCAGUUAUCAGACUGGGGCAGCAAGUCUUUGGUUAAAAGUGCCGAUUACGAAAAUUUAUCCACUGUUUUGACUGAUAAAACCGUUAAACUUGAAAAGGCUGAAUUCAGUCUGAAUGAACUCCAAAAUGAUUUACUUAAUCUUCGCAAAAAAGACCAAGAAAGUUGUCAGCAAAUAAAUGAAUUAACAAAUAUAUUAGAAGAAAAAGAACGUACAAUCGAAGAAGCGCGUGCAAAGGCUCCCGACGAUCACUAUCAAUCAAACAUUGAUUCGUUGCAGAAGCAAUUAGGCGUUCAAGAAGCAAAACUUAAUGAAUUAACAGAAGAACUUAAGGCCAAGUCAUUAAAGUUUGAAAAAUCGAAGGCCGUUAUUAAAGAACGAAACGGCCAAAUACAGCGAUUGCAAGCUCAAUUAAAAGACUUGCAAGAAAAAUUAUCGAGUUUGCCGGAAGAAGAAAUGCUUUCGCCUACUAUCCAAGCAAGAUUAGAUGCUGCCAGCCAUUCUUCGAAUCAAAACGAACUGGAAACGCUCCAGCAAUCGUACAAUAAGCUAAAUGAAAAAUAUCAUACAGAGAAAACGAAUUUCCAAGAAACCAUAACACGUUUAGAAAACCUUCAUGAUGGCAUUCAAGCAAAGUUACAAGAAGACAUGGCUUAUAUUGAAACGCUGGAGCAAGAAAAUACAAAAUUUAAAGACAAAAUAUGUCGUCUUGAGGAGUGUGUCGCGAUCUUUGAAGAGCGGCGAGCUUCUAUGGAGCGCAAAGUUAAAGUUAUGGACGCCCAGAUGCAACAAAACACCGAAGAGCACGCAAAAGUGGAAGAUGAACUCAUCUAUCGUUUAAAUAUGUUAUCUGAACACGAUGACGUAAUAGCUCAGCGACUUCUCGAUUCGCAAACCGAAAAAGAGCUAUUGGAAGAACGCGUUAGACAACUUCAGGCGGAUAUGAAUGAAUGGCAAUCAAAGUAUAUAUCCAUAGAUAAGGAAUUCACUCAUUAUAAGACCUGCAGUAAUGAUGAAUACGAGCAGGAAGUUAAAGAAUUGCGUAAUCAAGUAAGUCAUUUAAAAAGCGAUAUAGAACAUUUAAAAUCUGAAUAUGAAGCUAAACUUACGGCCAAGGGCGCAGAACUAGAUGACUUGGAGAGCGAACUUAGCGAACAGCUACAAGAAAUGAACGCAAAUAAGCGAGAAUUGUCGGAGCAAUUGGAACGCAAGUCAGACGAAUGCAACGCGCUUAAAGAUGAAAUUGUGCGUCUUAACGAAACGAUAAAUGAUUUGGAACAAGCUAAGAGCGAAUUAGAAAGAGAGAUUCCAUGGCUUAGAAUGCAAAACGACAACUCUCAACAAGAUCUCUAUGAAUUACAGGAACUCCGCUUGCAGACUAUACAGGAUAAAACAGAAAUUGAAAAUUUACGUAUUCAAAUCGAAAGUCUGACCUCGAACCAUGAAAAUGAACUUCAGGCUCUACGCACACAAAUAGCGGAAUUAGAUACGUUAAGAAUGCAAGUUGGGCAAAAUCAAACCGACGAUCAAGUAUUCAUUGAAACGGAAAAUAAACGUCUCACUGAUCUGUUGGCGGAAAAAGAAGCUCUAAUCGAAAACUAUGAACGACAUAAUUCGCAAUCGCAGGUAGCAACGGCCAGGACCAUUUCAAACGCACCCUGUAGUACCUCUGGACAAUCAGACCAUUUUACUUUGACAUUUGGUAUACCGACGUCAAGUGUGGACGUCAGUGAAGUAGAUCGUCUUGGUCAAGAAUUGAGUGAAAAAAAUAAUCUUGUCGUUCGUCUUCAGCAAAACUUGGAGGAUUUGCAAAUCGAGUUCGAUGAAUUGCUCAAUAGUCACAAUGAGGUACAACGGGAGCUAAGUGAACGAGCACACGAUGUAAUUAAUGUAGAGGCUCUGCAAUCAGUAAGCAAUACACUUUCGGAAUCAAACGAUGUUAUACCAGCACCACCAAUGUUCUUCACCACUGAUACUUCAGUACGUUCACCUUUCGAUGACAUUGUACAAGCGCGCGAUCAAACAGACGAUAUUUCCUUAGCUGAGCAUCCGACGAUUGAAGAUCUACAACGCAAUGUCUCUGAUUUGGAAAAACAUGCGCAAGAUUUAGAACACAAAUUGGUAGUGCGAAGUCAACGCGAGGGUGAGAAUGAGAAACGUUUACGUGACCUAGAGAAUCGUUAUCAACAAAGCCAAUCGGACUUGAAUAAACUUAAUAAAGAGAAUGCGGAUUUAUUGCAAAAACAGUCUCAACAUGCUGUUAUGGAAAAGGAUUUUGAAAAUUUAGAAAAUGAAGUACAACGGCUGCAAACACUCUUACAAAAUCGCGACGAAGUGAUAAGAGAUAUGUCUCAACAAGAUAGUAAUAAUGAUCAACUGAAGAUUUCUCUAAGCAGAUUGGAAGAUCAAAUCAUCAGCGAAACUCCAAUGGACCCAGCGGCACAACCAACAUUGGAUAUGUUCUUUGGUAAUUCCAUGCCGGACGUUUUUGAAUCGCUCGUCAUGCCAACGGUAGCCACUCAACCAGUUAUAGAAGAACUUAUUGUACCCAAGAAAACGUAUGAUUGUCAACCCCGUCAAGAUGUUACGCCUGCAAUUGAUUUGGGCAUUGACUGGAGUGAUGGUUGGGAAAAAUGCGAUGCUGAAGCCGAGGUUGAACACUUCGCCAAAAUGACUACAGCACCUAUGGGCACGAAGCGAUCUUUGAUACCUAAAGAACAACAACUUGAGUUGCAAAUGCAAGAACUCAACGAACGUAUACAGGAACUGCAGCUUGCCUUGGAGCGUAGUGAAGAACAAAAGAAGGAGCUUCAUAUUAAAUCUGGUAAGCUCAUGAAGAAAUUAAAAGAUUAUAAAACAAGGAUCGAAGAGCUUCAGACAUCUAGUGCAGUAACAUUUCGUAAAUCAUCUUCUGUCGAGUCGAAUUCUGUAUUUGGUGACUUAGAUGCUGCGAUACAAGACGAAUUGAAGGCACAAAUUAAGAUUUUAGAAGAACAGCUAGAGGAGCAGCGUAGACUACAGGAGUCGCAAAAUAUUGAAAAAGAAAAAUUAUUAAAACGUAUUGAUGUUGUAACUGCUGGCAAUGAGCGUAUGUCCGAGAUGAAGGAACGUCAAGAUAUGGAAGUUCGUAUGUAUCAAACUAGAAUACAUGAACUCCAGCAAAAACUGAAUACUCUUGAAGAGUGGGGGACUGAGGCAACUAUAAAGGAAGUCAUACCAAUAACUGCAUCUGCUGUCGUCCCGGCUGAUGUUAAAAACUUAGAAGAGCGUAUUUCUACACUAUCUUUGGAAGUUCAAGAUUUAACAGGAGAUCGUUUGGAAUUGCAGGCUCUACUGGAAGAGGAGAAGAUUAAUUUAGCAAAGGCAGAAGAAACAGUAGUAUCUCUACGUCAACAAAUUAUGUCUCUAGAGGAAGAUCAAGUCGCAAAUCAAAAUACAGAUGCCACAAAAUACAACAAUCUGAGACUAGAAAUGCAAAAUCUCCAGGAAUCUUACAACAACUUAUUGAACGCUCACGAAAGACUAAGCAAAGAAAUGGAAGUUCAAGCAGACAGCUUAGCCCAAAGUCAAGCUAACGAAAUAAAGCAAAAAGACGAAAUAGAGUCUUUGUUAAGUGAGGUCGAAACUUCACGAGAAAUUUUAAAUAAUACUAAACAGAGUCUAAUUGAUUUGGAGGCGGAACUGUCUGCCUUGAAAGAGCAAAAAGAAAAACAAAUAGAUGCUACCACUAAUUUGCCCGUGACAGUAGAACUUGACUUAUUGAAGAAAGAAGUUUCCACGCUACAAGACGAAAAACAAAGGCAUGAGGAGGCAAAUCGAAAUUUACAAUCUGAGAUAGAAAUACUGAAAGAUGAAGUCCGUAGGCUGCAAAUCGAGAAUGAAUCGUUGAAAACUUCUCUUGACAUUAAGUCGCAAGCGGAAGUCGAUGAAGAUCUCUUGGUUCAGUUGCAGGAAAAAGACUCUGAGAUAGUUCACUUAAAGCAACGUGUUAGCGAUUUGAUGAAUGAAGAUCAAACAGAAAAAUUAGUAUUGGAAAUUCUCACCAAAAACCAAGAAAUUCAUAUGCUGAAGAUGCAAGCACAAACAUUGGAAGAAGAUAAACUUGAACUGAUCAAUAAUCUUGAACUAGAGAAAAGAAAAUCAACAGAAGAGACUAAGGGGCGAGACGGCGUAGAAAUUCAAAAAUUACAAUCCCAAAACGAAGAAUUAUUGAAUGAAAAGCAACAAAUGGAAAUAGAGUUGCAGGCACUUAAUCAGCACGUGCUUGAUAGUUUACAAUUAGAGGAUAAACUAAAGAUGCUCACCUUAGAGUUAGAUACUAAGAAUAUCGAGAUUGCUGAGUUGCGUAAAACUAUAGAAACUACAAAAUUGCAAAGCAAUUUGCUCCAAUCUGAUGCAUCUACUGAUUACGCAGCAUUGAGUGCUCAUUGGCAGACGAUAGUAGAUCAAAGUUGUGGUGAAAUUGCCAAAAUGUGGCAGGAUCAUUUGGCGCAGCGUGAACGCGAUUUCAAGGUCACCGAGGCUCGUUUACAAGAAGAAAUUGCCAGCUUAAAAAAUAAUCAAAACCCAGAAUUGCCUGUCGGAACAUCAGCGCAGGUAUUGUCCGCCGAAACCACAACAACGUCUACACCUGCUUCCGAGUCCACCACUGUCUCUGGUACAUCUUCAGAGGAGGCAUCAAAAAAUGUUUCGCCCGUGCGCAUUAUAACGGAAGAAAACGAUACAAAUACCGAUGCAAUUAUAGAAAAGAUGCAAGCAGCUCUUGAAUCACAAGAACUUGAAAUUGUCACCUUAAAAGAGCAAUUGGCUAUACGAUCAGCUGAAUAUGCUCGUUUGGCCGCACAAUAUGAUCCAUUCAAAUUGCAAAGCUCUACACCCGAAAUGAAACGAAAUAUUGCCGAUGUGGCCAUGGUACCUAAAUCUGAGUUAGAUUUGGCUUUGUACAUGUUGCACCAGCGAGAUAUGCGUUGCGAAGAGAUGACUUUAGAAUUAGUAUCUCUAUUAGAGGAACGUGACACUUUACAAUUGAAACUUUCCAACACUUUGAGACAAAUAGAAACCAUAAAAUCACAGUCCAACAUACAUAACGAAGCUUCGUCAGCUACAGUUGGUUCACCUGCCAAUUCUCCAAUGAUUGAUAAUUUAGGCAAUAUCUCCAUGUCUAGUUCGCCAUCCAUUACAUGUGCGGAUGAUGUUGAAUUAAAUCAAAAGCUCUCACAGUUACAAACGGUUAAGCAUUCCAAAGAUAAAGUGAUUAGAGAGGAAAGAGAGCAGCGUAUACGUCAAAUGGAGAAAAUCCAACAAGAUGUAGCAAAAAUGCCAUCUGCAGCUGUAUCCGAAAUAAUUGGCACCGACUUAUCCCAAAUCAAUCAAUCGCCUUCCGCCGUCCUAUUAAAUUGGCUGUGGGGCAAUAAAAGCAAUAAUUCUGGUGGUUUACAAUCUAACUGAAUGAAACUUUCAUGAAUUUUAUAAAAAAAAAAAAAAAAAAAAGGGUUACACUUUUUUUCCAAUCAUAUGUAAAAUAUCCCUAUACAAUGAUGUACGUACUUUAUUUCUUAGAUUCUGUUUGAGUGUUGAAUUAAUCAUCUCACUCAUAGCUUUUCUUUUCCCAUUUCUUAUUAUAUGUGUAUAUAUCUAUGUAUAGAAAUAUUGCAAAGCAUUAAUAUGUUAUUAUCCUGGUAUAUGUGUCCGUUACAUAUUUCGAUUUUUUUACAGAUAAGAAUUGUAAGUUUACAUAAAUCGUAGAAAAUAACAUUGAACUAAACUAUAAAGGGGCGAAUUAAAAUGUACAUGAAACGAAGGGUUAUAUUAAUAAAUCAACGUUGGUAAUAAUACUUUAAUUCUUAUGUUAUUGUGCGUUACGUGGAUAAUGUCAGAUUAAGUUCUUAUAAAGUUGGUUACUAUGAAAAAAUUCUUAUUAUUAAAAAAAUGAUAUUUUUUACUUUCAUAAAAUAUUCAUAAGGAGAUCAGAAGAAGCUAUAGAAAAAAAAAAAAAAAAAUCUCAUAAAAUAUGUAAACACAUAUUGGACAAAAUUGAUUUUAGAGUAGAAAGAAGAGAAUCUUAGUAUGUAUAUGAUGAAGUAUUUAGAAAUGAUUAUAAUUAUUUCGUAUUUUUGCUAUAAACGUCAGAUUAACGAACUGGAAAAGCAGAAAAACAAACCGAAUUCGUGUAGUUAUCACUUCAAGGGAAUAAAUGUAGAAGAAAGGGUUCAAAGGCAUAAAUUACAACACUGGGUACAACAAACAGCCAAUCUGUAACUAUCGAUUACAUUGUGAAAGAUGAAGGGAAGAAAUUAUCCAGAAUUCACGUCAAAAACACUUUGCUACCUUUCAUUGUUAAGAAUUUAGUAAAAAGUUAUAUAUCAUACGAUCAUCGACUUGAAUGCAAACUCACUUUCAGUUGGUUACAAUUUGAGUAAAUCUUUGUAUUUGCAUUUCACUCACGAAAGUGCCCUUAAAGUGAAGGAGCAUUAAUUAUAUAACUAUUCCGUUAGAGCACAUGUUACGAAAUUUUUCUUUUCGUUAAUUUAAUUAAAGCAUUGCUUGCUAUACUUCAUUCAACAAAUGAACUAAACACUCGGGAUAAGAAAUCGAAAGACUGUUCAAAACGAAGAAAAAUCAAAGUUCGUAUAGUCUAUGAAAAGUUAUCCUCCUUUGAUUUAAAGUUCGAUAAAAUAAACAUUGUAUUGUAUUGUAAUCGAAUUCAAAGAAGCUUUUUUAAUUCUAACCCUACGUUAUAUAUACUAAGACUGUGUCGAACUUUAUUAAAAAUUCACUAUACUUGUCUGCUUCUUUACUUAUAAUUGUAAUUAAUUUUUCCUUCUUCUGAUUCAUUCUUCUUCUUAAUCGAUUUAUGGAUAUGUGCCCAUAAAUAUGUAUAUAUAUGAGGUGUGUUCAAAAAAUAGAUGACUUUUCAAAUUUCGUGGGCUACGUGUUUUUGAUUAUCACUGUUUUUUUUUUCUGUUAAUACACAUGUCCUCAACAUAUCGAAGAAUCCGUGCUCCAAUGUUGACUACUGUAGCGCAUUGGGCGAGUUUACUUUGAGCAAAAAAAAAAAAAAA